UUUGUAAAAUUACGACAAUUUUUGAUACUUUGACAAAAUAAUAACUCUUCAGAGGAUUAAAAAGAAUUAGCAAUAGCUGUAAUAGUUAACGAAGAGAAUGGCAUCUCCAUGGACGAGAUACCGGGGUUCUGAAGGCACUCCAAAUACUACAAAACAAUCACUGAACUUCAGCUCGUUUUUAGAUUCGUCUUUCUCUGGAAGGAGCCAUGGACGUUCAUCUAUGGUAGGACAAGUUCUUGAAGAAACUGCUUUUCAUCGAGUGGAGACUUUUGGUUUGACUAUUCCUGUCCAGAUACGAGAAGCUUUGGCUGCAAGAAAUGUUGGAAUAGCAUCCCAGUACACCAGUGUCAAACUACAUGAGUCYGGAUGGGCAUGGCUGGUCAGUGGCCGAAAGCUAUUYGUUUGGAGAUAUAUUUCAUCUCAAAGUUUCAAGAGYCUUUACUGYAAGGAGCUAUCAUUACCAACYACAGAGCUUUAUCACACUGCUAAUCUGGUAACUAUUCUUCCAAGUGUCCAGUUAGCUAGUGYKGGCAGUGCUGGAUCAAUAGCUAUUAUGAUGGUGUCCCCUGAGGGCGUGGUAAGGUACUGGCCCAGCCUUGCGCAGGAUGGUAACUGUAUUGAAAUGAACCUUGAUUUAGCUGGUCAUCCCUCGCACUCUCUCACUGCUUUCCAGUAUGAACAACUAUGUGGUGGUCUUUUACUUACAAGUGCAAAUGAACUGAUGAUGGUCAUUCCUACAAAGAAGUCACUUGAGGUGCAUCCCCUUAAAGCAUCAGGAGGGAUGUUCUCCAUCUUGGGUCGAAGAAUGACGUCACUGAUAUUUGGUUCUCAGCAGUCAUCAGAUGAAACAACAACUCUAAGAAAGGUUCUUGUCAGUGACUUUGUUAGAGAGCAUUCAAGGGUUGUGUAUGUUCUCAGUGGUAACCAACUGGCUCAAUGGGAAAUACAAAUCACUUCACCAACAACCAUACAAGAAAAGUUAUCUUAUCAAUGUGACUGUGAGAAUAUGUUUACCAAAGCUGCAUCACAGGCAUUGGAGGUUUCYAUGGAGACCAUUGAUCAGCUCACUGUAUGGUGCUUAGAUAUCUGUAAUUCUAGCGAUGGUAUUGUUAUUCUUGCUGCUGUUGCACUCAAAGGUCCAUCACACACAACAUUCUUCUACAUGUUUGGAACUUUACCAUAUAGUACAGAAGAACCACAAUGUCUUACCACUGUCAAUGUGAUUCAGUUUUCAGAGCAAUACUCACCAUCUUGUAAAGAGCAGUUGUUGAAUUAUAAGAUGCUGCUUCCAAAAUUUACCAGCACAGGAUUUGUUUAUACAGCCAACUCCAUCAUAUGUGUACCAGAUAGUGGUCUUGAUAUGUCUGUAACAUCAUUAAGUCAGGAACUGAUUGACGACUAUCCAGCAUCUGAUCCAAGAUGGGCUGAAUCGAUUCCAGCAGGUGGUAUGUCAGCAUCAUCAUCACUAAUCAUCUUACAUCAACUAGAAGACAAACUCAAGGCACAUGAGUUCUUUGUGAAUUUCUUAAAGGGUGUGGAAAUAUGGGAUAAGCUGAGAAGCGUUCAGAUUCGUGAACAGCCAUUWCCCACUCAAUAUCUAAUGUGUGAACAUUCAGAAAAACUUUGUGCAGCCAUUGCACUUUGCCGAUUGCAUAAAACCCACCAAGAAAUCGUAGAUGCGUCAAUUAGUUUGGUAAUGAACAAGAGACAAGCAGCACCAUCAAAGGGUCUCACUGAGGCSGACUUGUUCUUCAGGGAAGUUUCCCGUAUCGAGGAGAUUUUUGAAGCUUUUCUUGAAUAUGAAGACGAAACACUUAGAUCGGCGUCURCUACUACAGAUCAUGUACAGGUCAUCGUAGGCGUAAAUAAUCUAAUGCAGGAAAUGUUGAUGGAAGCCUGGACAUUCAGACAGCAGAAUAGUGGGUUGUUCCAGACUAACCAAACCAAUGACCAGGAAAAUAAUGAGCUGAUGUUUUGGACUGGAACUUCAGGGCCAACRGGAAUGAGAACUUCUUUGUUUCAACAGCUUCAGAUUACAGCUCAAAGAGGUGUGAUGGGAACAGAGGACUCAAAGGUUCGUUCUACCCUCUAUCAACAAAUGGUCAAUCUUGCCGACAUUGUUCUUGAUGGGUAUAUCAUUCAGUUGCAGUCAAUAGAAUCUGUUGCUAGUAAGAGAGAUCGUUACGAUGAGGUUUUCCAGAAAUAUGAACAAGACAGAAGGGCUGUUAUCUUGCCACUAGUGGAGUUUCAUCAGUUUAGCCAAGCAACAUCUCUGGCAGAAAAAUACCAAGAUUUUGGUAUACUAAUAGAGCUAUGCGAGGCCAUGGAAGACAAAGAAACGCUAGAAAAGUAUUCUGAACAGUUUAAAGAACAGGGUUUUUCCGACUAUCUAUUCAAGUGGUACAUGGACAAAGGUGAACGACAUAAGCUCAUGAACCAACCAGCACCACAGCAUGAAAACCUGGGCAAAUUCCUGUCCUCACAUCAUCACUUAAGCUGGUUACAUGACGUCCAUACCAAGUCCUUCUACAAGGCGCAUGAAACGCUGAAAAACCUUGCAGAUAACGAAAAGACGUUUUUAGAACGUAAAAAGAGCUCUAAUAUCGACCUAGAGGCUAUGCCCCCGUUAUCGCCGCCUGAACUCAUAGAGCUAUACAUUGGUGAUAGGAAUACUCACUCUAACGAGUACGACUUCAAGAAAGCAUUGGACCUGUUACGUCAUGCGGAAAMUUUUGGUUUUGAGGAUGUCGAUUCACUAAAGCGCCAUAUAUGGUGUAAAGCUAUACUCAAAGACAAUUGGUUAGCGAUGAAAGAUAUCGACCCACUUGCUAGUGCAAGAAACACUGUUUUCUUUAAAACCGUCGAAUUAGCUUAUAAUCAAGGACUGAAUUUAAAGGAAUUCAUGCCUUCGAUGGAAUCGCUUCUCCAAUCGGACGAUCUAAAGGCUGCCGGUUUAUUGGACAAUCCUAAUUUCCGUUACUUACUCAGUGCUGGUUACGAACAGAUUGAAAGAACCGCUGAGGAUCCUUCUAUGAUGGUAGCUUAAAAUCAAUAGGAUAUAUUAUAGUAAUGUAAAUGAGGACACCCUCUAGAGCGACCGCCUUCUUGUCAGUAAGCGACCAUCAAUUGCCUACUUUGUUUGACCACCUUUUACAGAGGUUCACAACAUAAUCAUUAGAAUGUGCAAUGAUAUACUGAAAUGAUGACACUCUGUAGACCGAUCACGUUAAAAGCGACCAUCAGAUUUGUUCGCAAUUUGAUGGUACUUCUUGUGGAAGACCGUUUGGUUUGGUGGUCGUCAGUGUCGAGAGGAAGAGCAAGGUGCAACAGGGACACCAUACAAAAGGUUGUGAACGACACAGAAUGCACUUCAUUAGUGYUGUCAGUUGCAACAUUGAAAAAAGAUUUAAAGGAAAUAAAGGAAAUAAAUGUAUA